CGUCGUUUUGGCCGUUUCGAACAAGAAAGUAGUGGUCGUCUGGUCCCUCUCUCUCUCUUGUUCCUUCCGCUGCCAAUAAAUGGAACUGUCUCCUGCGUCCGCCAUGUUCAGUCAAUCCUCCUCCGCUCAGCUUCUGAGACCUAAGCUCGGGUUUACGGUUUCUCUUCCUCGGAGAGCAUCGAUCUUUUCUUCUUCUUCGCGUCCCCGAUUCUUGCGGAUGGAAACUCAAUCUCAGCCUCCUCAAUCUAUCUCCUCCGCUUCUUCACCCACCAACAACGUUUCUUCUCUCUCUAUCGAAACAGCACGAGUUGGAGAAGUGAAGAGAGUAACAAAGGAGACGAAUGUGUCAGUGAAGAUCAAUUUAGAUGGCACUGGAGUUGCUGAUUGUUCCAGUGGAAUCCCUUUCCUUGACCAUAUGCUUGAUCAACUUGCUUCGCACGGCUUGUUUGAUGUGCACGUCAGAGCUACUGGUGAUGUUCACAUCGAUGACCAUCACACUAAUGAAGAUAUUGCUCUUGCCAUUGGAACCGCUCUGUUAAAGGCACUUGGUGAGCGUAAAGGGAUUAAUCGGUUUGGUGACUUCACAGCUCCUCUUGAUGAAGCCCUUAUUCAUGUUUCCCUGGAUUUGUCUGGUAGACCAUAUCUUGGUUACAACUUGGAGAUUCCAACACAGAGAGUUGGGAACUAUGACACUCAGUUGGUGGAGCACUUUUUCCAGUCAUUGGUGAAUACUUCCGGUAUGACACUUCACAUCCGUCAGCUUGCUGGUAAAAACUCGCAUCACAUAAUAGAGGCGACAUUUAAGGCCUUUGCCAGGGCUCUAAGACAAGCAACGGAGAAUGAUCCUCGCCGUGGUGGGACCAUACCAAGUUCAAAAGGAGUCUUGUCACGGUCCUGAGAGGGAGAGAGAGAGCUGAGCAAUCACAAAGAAAAGCUCUCAGAUUUUCUCUUUUUUUUUUCUUCUUUUUGUCAUCGAAUUUGUAAAACAAAAACAAGGAUGUUGCCAAAAUGUCAAGAAGAAGAAGUGAAUUAGACUGAAGAUCACACACACUUGGGGGUUCCAUCUAUAAAAAGAGAUGUUCUGUA